AACUUAGGAUGUUGUCGUGAUUGGUAUUUAUGGGUUUGGUUAUUACACUACUUCAUGUUUACAUAAUAUGACGAAGAUGACUAUUUAAUUACACAAAAAUUGCAAUUUUCAAAUUAUUUCUCCAAAUUUAAAAUAAGAACAUUAAUUUCACAAGUUUACGUUGAUUUCUAAAAUGUACGUAGUAAACACACAUUAACUUAAACAUUUAACUAACUCAAAAGAGAAAUUCUAUAGUGUUUCAUUUAUGUAAUCUAAAAUUUUGGAAACAGUUUUUUGAGGAAAAAGAAUGAUAAUUAACUAUAAAUAUUUUAGUUUAAUUAAAUACAUAUACCUAUUAUAAAUAUUAAUUAAAAUCGAUGAAUUUUCAAAUAAUGUUAUACAUAUGCAUUACUCUGCAAUUUUUCUUAACAUCCAUAUUUCUAAAACAAACAUAUAUUAUCUCAUUCAUUUUCUAUUUCAUUGAUUUUUUUUGUUCAUGUUAUUCGAAUUAGUCAUAUAAGACAUCCAUUUACACGCCUUAUUUUUUUCUCACGCUAAGAAGUCAUAUUUUUCCCUAAUUUAUAAUCAAAGAAAAAGUCAUAUUCGUUUCUUAUCACUGAACUUAUAUUUUCAACUUGCUGUUUAUUCAAAAUUUAGAAAUGUACGAGACAUUUGAAUAAUUAAAAUCCUUUUGACAUCUGCGGGCAGAUUUGAAUUGUCUCAAGGAGUUGGAAAUUUAAAUUACAUCGUUAAUACUUUCUGCUACAACAUUUUGAAUUUUCUUAGUUGAGUGCAAACAUUUCAAACCACAUCUUUUCAUAUUCCUCUAAGAACAUUUCAGACCACAUAUUUUCCUAUUCUUUUCACAACAUUUCAAACCUCAUCAUCUUUUCAAGUCACGCUUGGAUUUUUUUUAAUUUGGGUCAAUACAAAAAUUCAGUUAAAGCGACCAGCUUCAAAGAAUUGUCUUACCGAAUGAUUAAAAAAAACAAAAAAAAACAUCUUCUUUUUGUUUUUUUUUUUGGCUAAAAAUAUGGAAAAAAAAUCUCAUCUUGAAUUUGUAUAAAUAUGUUCCGUUAAUCUCUUCAAUUACUAAAACUAACACUCCCAACAUUUAGAAAUAGUUAAGCACAAAACAGACUGCAAUGUCAACAUUUCCUCGAUCGUACCCGAUGAGCGGUGGUGAUGAUCAACACAGUUACAUCAAUAAUUCGUCUUAUCAAAUAGCAGCUAUAAAUAGCGUUCGAGAAAAGACAAGGCAAUGCAUCAUAGAAAAGCUCGAUCUCCCUCUGAAUUCUGAUCUUGGUACUUUUAGAAUUGCCGAUUAUGGUUGUUCCAUUGGACCUAACACGUUUCAUGUUGUUCAAAGCAUCAUUGAUGCUGUGAAAUUCAAACAAGUGGAUGCCAAAAACGAAAUAAGCCUUAUGCCUCUCGAAUUCCAGGUGUUCUUCAACGAUCAACCCAACAAUGACUUCAACACACUCUUUAGAACCCAACCUCCUUCAUCUGAGCGGGAAUAUUUCUCGGCCGGAGUUCCAGGGUCCUUCCAUGGCCAAGUGUUACCAAGGAACACCGUCCACAUUGGACACACUUCUUACACGACUCACUGGCUUUCUGAUGUUCCCGAGAACGUAGAUGACAAGAACUCUCCAGCUUGGAACAAAAAUUACAUUCAAUGUAAUUAUUCAAUCGAAGAAGUGACCAAAUCUUACAAGGCCCAGUUCACAAAAGACAUGAAGCGUUUUCUUGAAGCUAGAGCAGAAGAGAUAGUUCCAGGAGGAUUGAUGAUCGUUCUAGGACAAUGUUUACCCGAUGGUGUCCCCAUGUUUAAGACAGAUCAGGGUAUUUUGGUGGAUACGAUUGGUGAUUGUCUUAUGGAUAUGGCCAAAUCGGGACUAACGAGCGAGGAAAAGAUCGGGCUGUUCACCAUUCCUGCGUAUUUCCCACAAUUUAGUGAAUUAAAGACAGAGAUUGAGAAAAAUAGAAGCUUUACAAUUGAGACUAUGGAGAGCGUACGGCAUCCAUUGGAGGAUAUUCCGUUAUCCAACCAGUUCUUGAUUUCCAUGUUUAGAGCUAUUCUCAGCACGAUCAUAAAAGAACAUUUCGGAGAAGAUGUGAUCGAUGAGCUAUUUGAUCGGGUUGCUAAGAAACUCGCCAAGUACCCGAUUGAUUUUAAAGAGUGCGAGAAAAAUGUGACCUACUUUCUCUUGCUCAAGCGAAAAUGAAUACUAUGUGAGAUAUUAAAAUAAAGAAUUAUGUUGUUUUUUUUUUUUUUUUGAAUUGAAUGUUAAAUUGAAUUCAAAAGAAAAAAACCUUUUUACAACA